GUGUGUGUGUGAGAGAGAGAGAUAGGGAGACUCCGCUUCAGCAUGGAUUUACCGCUCAGGGCGAAACGCGCAGCGCUCAUCAAACUCGCCCUGAUGCUCGGCUGUGCCCGGCUGUCAUCCUGCAAAGAUGGCUGUGACAGUCCCCUGGUAUCUAAUCUUCCACAGCCAGCCUUUAGGAGUUCUUCUCAGCUAUCCAACAGCCACGGACCUGGCUACGCCAAACUCAACAGGAGAGAUGGGGCAGGUGGAUGGUCACCACUGGACUCCAAUAAAUACCAGUGGUUGGAGAUCAAUCUUGGAGAAAGGACAGAGGUCACAGCCGUCGCUACCCAGGGCAGAUAUGGAAGUUCAGACUGGGUGACGCAUUACCUUCUUAUGUUUAGCGACACAGGUCAUAACUGGAGACAGUAUCGACAGGAGGACAGCAUUGGGGUUUUCUUCGGGAACUCGAACGCAGACAGCGUAGUGUCCUACAAGCUUCAGCAGCCGGUGUUUGCUCAGUUCCUCCGUGUGCUGCCUCUGCAUUGGAAUCCCAAUGGAAGAGUUGGGUUACGACUGGAGGCGUACGGCUGCCAAUACAAAUCUGAUGUGGCCAGCUUCGACGGAGCCAGCUACAUGUUCUUCAAGCUUGAUGCAGUCACAAGUCCGUCACCCAAAGACUUGCUAACCAUGAACUUCAAAACCCUUCACAACUCUGGAGUAGUGAUGCACAUGGAGGGCAAUCACGGGCACACCCUCACUCUGGAGUUACUCAAAGGAAAACUCUUCAUACGUCUCAGAAAAGGCAGUUUUCACACUGAGGUAUCACUUGGCAGCCUGCUGGACGACCAACACUGGCAUCGUGUUAGCAUCGAGCGACUCCGAGGACAUGUCAACUUCACCGUGGACAAAAGCGCACAGCAGCUCCAACUCCCCGAACACCAGAGUCACUUUGUGAUUAACGAGAUCAGUUUCGGUGGCGUUUUGGCUGACGGGACUCAGGGAGAGAACUCCAGGACGAACUUCCAUGGCUGUCUGGAGAACGUGCAGUACAACGGCAUCAACGUGAUCGACCUGGCCAAAGAAAAUCAACUUAACAUGGUGGGAAACAUCACAUUCGGCUGUGUAGAAGCCGUCAAUGUACCGUUGACGUUUGUGAGCUCGGACAGUUUCCUUCAACUGCCGUGGACCUCGACGCGGGACACGAUGUCAGUCGGGUUGCAGUUCCGGACCUGGAACAAGGCGGGCCUGCUUAUGACCUUUGACCUCCAGCACCAAGCAGGAACCAUGUGGGUUUAUCUGAGUGAGGCGAGGGCAAGGAUGCAGGUCCACAAGGCUGGCAGGGUCAUGGCGGACGUCACAGCAGGAUCAGCUCUGAACGAUGGCCAGUGGCACUCCGUGGACCUGCGUGUCCGCCGAGGUCGUCUGAUCCUGGCUGUGGACAAAUCAGACAUGUCCACCAUCACCAUAGCCUUUCCUGUCGUUCCUGCCAAUCAGAUCUUUUUCGGAGGAUGUCCAAUUACAGAUGAUGGAUGCAGGAAGCCCUCCAACGUCUUCCAAGGAUGUAUGCGCCUCAUACACCUGGACGAGGGACUCGUGGAUCUGAUCAAGGUGCAGCAGAUGCUUGUCGGAAACUUCAGCGACCUCCAGAUGGACAUGUGCGGAAUCAUCGACAGGUGCUCCCCCAGUCACUGCGAACACGGAGGGAAGUGCACACAGUCAUGGAGCACUUUCCACUGCGACUGCGCCGACACCGGCUACCGAGGAGCUACGUGCCACAGCUCUGUUUACGAGGCAUCGUGCGAGGCGUACAAGCACAGAGGAAACACGUCAGGGCUGUACCACGUAGACGUGGAUGGAAGCGGACCCGUCAAGCCGCAGCUCGUCUACUGCAACAUGUCAGAUAAAGCCUGGACGGUGAUCCAACACAAUAACACCGAGCUCACCAAAUUACGGGCGUCCUCGAGGAGGAGCGUUUGGCCUCCUCAGCAUUUGGUCUCCUUUAACUAUUCUGCCGAUGCCGAGCAGCUCGCGGCCAUAAUUACCCGAGCCGAGCGCUGCGAGCAGGAACUCUCCUACCACUGCAAAAUGUCACGCCUCCUAAACACACCAGAUGGCGAGCCUUUCACCUGGUGGGUGGGCCAGUCAGAAGAUGCCCACACGUACUGGGCAGGGGCACCACCAGGCACUAAGCAGUGUGCCUGUGCGGUCCACAACAACUGCGUGGAUCCGGAGUACUUCUGCAACUGCGACAGCGACGUCGAUGACUGGCUGAACGAUUCUGGCAUCCUCUCUCACAAAGAGCAUCUGCCUAUCAGGCUAUUAGCGGUGGGAGAUGUGAGCAGGCCGGGGUCAGAGGCAGCGUAUCGUGUGGGUCCCCUUCAGUGCUACGGUGACAAUGACUUCUGGAACGCGGCCCACUUCGAUAAGGAGACGUCUUACCUGCACUUCCCCACGUUCCACGGGGAGCUCAGUGCUGAUAUUUCCUUCUUUUUCAAGACCUCAUCCUCGAGCGGCGUGUUCCUCGAAAACCUGGGAAUUAAAGACUUUAUCCGAAUCGAGCUGAGCUUGCCGACCGAGGUCAUCUUCUCCUUUGAUGUUGGCAACGGGCCGCUCGAGGUGCGUGUGAAGACUCCUGCUCCUCUCAAUGAUGAGCGCUGGCACCACGUGGUGGCAGAGAGGAACGUCAAAGAGGCGUCUCUGAAUGUAGACCAUUACCCCGCAUCAGUGCAGAAAGCCCCCACUGAGGGGCACAUCCACCUCCAACUCAACAGCCAGCUCUUUGUGGGAGGAACUGCAUCAAGGCAAAAGGGCUUCCUGGGCUGCAUUCGGUCACUGAAGUUAAAUGGAAAGACACUGGAUCUGGAGGAGAGAGCAAAGAUCACACCAGGCGUCCGUCCUGGAUGCCCGGGCCACUGCAGCAGCUACGGGCACCUUUGUCAGAACCAGGGCCAGUGCCUAGACAAGCAUAACGGCUUCAUCUGCGACUGCGGGGCCUCUUCAUACUCCGGUACCUUCUGUCACAAAGAGGUUUCUGCGUUUUUCCGACCCGACACUUCAGUUACGUACACGUUUAAGGAGCCGUAUGAGCUGAACAGAAACGGCAGCGCGAUGUCCUCAUCCAUCUACUCCGACGUGACACUAAAAGGAGAGAACAUAUCACUGAGUUUUCGCACCAGCCAGGCGCCGGCCGUUCUCCUUUAUGCCAGCUCUUACUACAGAGAAUUCCUGGCUAUUUUCCUCAACAGGAACGGUCAACUGGAGGUGAAGUACAAACUGCAAAAUAACAGAGAUGCUGAGGUCUUCAGAUCAAGCGUGAAGAAUCUGGCCAAUGGACAGCUGCACCGAGUGUCUAUCAGAAGAGUCCUGGAGAGCCUUAAUAUUCAGAUUGAUCAGAACGCGAGGGAGGACUUCAACCUAUCAUCAGACGUUGACUUCAAUGCCAUCAAAGCCAUCGUCAUCGGAAAAGUGCCUGACUAUGACGAGCUGGAUGCAGAGAUAACUCGUCUGGCGUCUCAGGGCUUUACAGGCUGUCUGUCAGUGGUCCAGUUUAACUCCAUCUCUCCUCUAAAAGCGGCGCUGCUUCAUCCACACGCCAGUCCUGUUACUGUCACAGGGACACUGACCGAGUCCAACUGCGGCUCAUCUUCGUCAUCGAGUCCCUACGCAGCCGAGACCACCCACUCGCUGUCAGAUCAUGUGGGCACUGUAGGAGAGCCCGUAGUCAAUGCAAUCAGCGGCGACUCGGCUUUGAUUGGAGGUGUCAUCGCAGUCGUGAUCUUUGUGAUCCUCGCCUGCCUGGCUGUCAUGGCGCGAUACUUCUACAGACAGAAGGAGACGUUUCAGACCCAGGCUCCGAAGGGAGGGAAAUCGGAGGACGGUCCUGAAACAGCAUUUAACACUGACCCCAGCGCUCAGAGCGUAAUGAGCGAAAGCCAAAAAGAGUACUUCAUAUGAAAAAGCCUUUCCUUUUUAAGAUCGUGAAACUUAUGGCCAAAUCCAGGAUAGCAGAGGACAGAAAUGCCUCGCUGAGAUUUGACUGAUUGAGCGGUUUUGGCGAAUGCGCUGAAAAAAUGUGGUGCGUCGUGCAGAAGAAAAACCUGAAAGCGGUUAAAUCAAGACAUGAAUAAGAACUCUGUUAAAAAAAUAUAUUCUUCUUUUUUUUUUGUACAUAGGGUGAAAAGUUACAAAAUUUGCCACAAAUAACAGUGUUUCUAAGAUGUGUACAGAAUGAUCUUCAUCAACUGUAAAUAUUCUUUUCAAAUGUACAAGUGGAAAAGAAAUAUCUUUGUAACUGUUACCUUUGCCUUUUAUUCAGGAUUUAUUGCCCCAUUAUGCACUUACACUGGAACUAAAAAAAAAAACUACAAAACACUGAUUAUUUCACACAGUGAGAUCCCAACGAUUGAGACUUGUGCGUCAUUAAAAACGAUUCAAAAUGUUUGAUUACAAACAUUAUUACGAAAGUGGGAGCAUUUUUUUUAUUUCUGAAUUAUAUUAUUGCUUAAAUAGUUAAAUUUAGAAAUGCAUUAUUGCAUUGACCUAGACAUAAUUCCAAAAUCUAUAUUAAAAUUUAAGUUUGUUUCCAGGUUAAAAAAAAAAUCUUAAAUUUAAGUACUAAGUUUCAGGUUUUGAUCUCACUGUGUACCUUAUUGGUAAAAAAAAAAAAAAAAAAAAUUACAGUGUAUCGGAUGCAGUAUGGAAAAUAUAAAUUUAUUUGUGUAGCAUAUAUAAUACAGUAUAUUUGCACACACUCACACACACACACACACACACACACACACUAAUGAACACAGCAGUGAGUCAACCUAUUUUUUUUUCCUUAAAAAAUUUUAAAUCUUUCAAAAUCAAAAAGAAACCGUAGCGUGUGAUGUGCUCUUGCGUGAUUGUCUGGUUCUCAGGUUAUGAGUGUUUUUGCUCUUUGUGAACAGAAGGCCUUGUUUCUUUUGGCCGCUCUUAAUCUCCUUUAGACUGAAACCUCUAAGAAAGCAUUCUGGCGGUUCCCUGUUGAUUUUUGUGGAUUUCCUGUACAAAAAUAAAUUGUGAUUUGCACCUAAAUGCCAAUGAGAACCAACUGCACUGAGUGUGGAUCACUGCACACUUAAACACUGUAACUAUAACUAAAUUUUUGGAACAGUACAGCGACCAAAAACUGUUUAUGUGUCUCCAUUUAACAGAAACAAAUACAACAUACUUUGCUGUAUUUGCAGUUCCUGGAUCAAAAUAAAAUUAUGAUUGCUUCUUAAUAUUGUCAAAUAUUGUAUACUGUACUAUGAACUACCC